AUGAGGAAGGAUACUAGAGGGCAGAACUGCCCAAUGAUAGAAGAGAUACUGGAAGUACUUGGCUACACGAAUGAGCAGAAGGUCCGUUAUGUUACAUUUAAGAUGUCAGGGGAUGCAAAACGCUGGUGGCUUUCUAUGAAGCUGCUAGAUGAACAGCGGUAUUUCCCCUUAUCUAUCAGAGAGGAGAAGAUUGAGGAAUUCACUAAUCUGACACAGGGGAAUAUGACCGUGGGGGAAUAUGCGGCUAAGUUUGUUGAAUUGUCACGUUUUGCUCCAUUCCUGAUCCCGAAUGAGGCGAGGAAGAUUAGGAAGUUUGAAAAAGGUCCGAGACGAAGAAUUUAUAAGCUUGUUGUAGGGUUUCAGGUUCACUCAGAUUUGGUAUACAAGGCUUCGAUGUUGGAAAAGAACAUCCAGGGUAGUACAGAGUCGACAGAGCAGAAGAAGAGGCCUGCACCUUCUAGUUUUCAAACAUAG